GGCGAGGUGAGAGGUGGCGGUGGGCAGAGGGUGUUUUUUUCCUUUUCCCUCCAGAGCGGGGGUUUGUAAACCGAAGCCAAAGAGUGUCCCCGUGGGCCGGGCGUACUUUUUUUUCUUGUCCGGUGCGCUCCUGCAGGGCCGCCUGGUGCUUGAGAGGAAACAGUGGAGGCAGCGGGGCAGGUCACCCGGGGCGUCGGCGAUUUUACUGAGGCCGAGCCGGCGCGCGCCGGGAGAGGCCGGGCGGGCGGUGGAACGCGGGGGCUGGGUGAGGCCCCGCGACCCGCCAGGGAGGCGGCGCGAGGUAGAGGCGGCGGGCGCGAGAGCGGAGCAUGAGCGCCCGGUAGCUGAGUGCCCGCGGCUACCCGGCCUCAGAGGCGACGCGAGGGCGGGCGGGCGGCAGCAGCAACGUAGCCCGGCGGCCCCAGCGGCGCCAGCAGCCGCCCCAGAGGCCCCCGCGGCAGUGCGGUCGCGCUGAGGCGCGUUCCCUGUCUGCUCCGCGCCGCCCGCCCGCCCGGGGCCGCCCUUCCUCGGCCCCCGGCCGCCGCCGCCCCGAUGAGCUCGUACUUCGUGAACCCGCUGUACUCCAAGUACAAGGCGGCCGGCGAGGCCAUCAAUCCCACUUACUACGACUGUCACUUCGCGCCAGAGGUCGGCGGCCGCCACGCCGCCGCCGCCGCCGCCGCCGCCGCCGCCUUGCAGCUCUAUGGCAACAGCGCCGCCGGCUUCCCGCACGCGCCCCCGCAGGCGCACGCGCACCCGCACCCGCACCCGUCGCCGCCGCCUGCCGGGCCGGCUUGCGGUGGUGGGGGCGGCCCCGGUCCCGGCCAGGAGUACUUCCACCCCGGAGGGGGCAGCCCGGCCGCAGCCUACCAGGCCGCCCCACCUCCGCCGCCGCCGCCUCCCCCCUGCGGCGGGAUUGCCUGUCACCGGGAGCCCGCGAAGUUUUACGGAUACGAUAACUUACAGAGACAGCCGAUUUUUACGACCCAGCAAGAGGCCGAGCUGGUACAAUAUCCUGACUGUAAAUCGUCCAGUGGUAAUAUUGGCGAGGACCCAGACCACUUAAAUCAGAGCUCGUCUCCUUCUCAAAUGUUUCCCUGGAUGAGACCACAAGCUCCUGGUAGACGAAGAGGAAGACAAACCUACAGUCGAUUCCAAACACUUGAGCUGGAAAAGGAGUUCCUUUUUAACCCUUAUCUGACCAGGAAGAGAAGAAUCGAGGUUUCCCACGCCUUGGCCCUCACCGAGAGACAGGUAAAAAUCUGGUUCCAGAACAGGAGAAUGAAAUGGAAAAAGGAGAACAACAAGGACAAAUUCCCGGUUUCCCGACAGGAGGUGAAGGAUGGGGAAACCAAAAAGGAAGCCCAAGAGCUGGAGGAAGACCGAGCCGAAGGCCCGACAAAUUAACUUCCACCUUUAAAAUUUUACCGCAGAUUAUUGAAACUAAUGAUCAGCAUAUUCUGGUGAACACCACCUAUUUUCUUUGUUGGAAAGGACUUUACCUGUAUUUCAAGCUACCUUCAUGUCACUGCUCUUGAGGUUUCUGCGCUUUGAGAGGGAUUUGGGUGUUUUUUAAAAAAAGUUUCUAGUGUCGUACAGAAACAGCCCUUGAGCUGUCCUAUGUAAGAGUAAUUUGAUACUGACCUUGUAGCUAUAUUUUUAUAAUGGUAGUUUUUAAUGGCUGAGCUGGUGAUUUUGCCUCAACAACGUAAACUUCCUAAUGUUUAGCACUAAAUAAUUGAAUAUAAAAUGCUUUAUUAAUCAAACAAGUGCACUUGAACAUUUUAAAUCUUUCCUUUAUGGUGAGUAAAUUAAAAGAAGUCUAUUAAUUUUUUUAAAAAAAUUAUGCCUGCAGAAUAUUUACUUUAUAUUAUUUGAUUAAAAUGUAUUAUUUAUAUUUUUUCUUUCUACUUUUAUAAUGAAUGGUUCGGGUGCCUUUUGUUUACUCCUAAAAGGUUUCUUUGAGUAUUUUGUAAAUGUAAUAUCUCUGGGAAAAAGUCUGGGCCAAAUAUUCAAAAAGCACAUGUUAGCUGAAGAGUGUAGUGUGUAGUCCUGGCUCUGCAGCUGCCUUAAACUUGGGGAAAAUGUUGGGCCAGUGACAGAAGUUUCAGGACAAUGUCAAAGUUGACAUUUAAUCAUUUUUCUAUAGUUUAUACAAAUUAUGGCAAUUUAAUCAUCUAGAGUGAAUGAAUACUUGAAAAGCCAAUUAUAACAUUUUCACUCAUAUACUUUUUACUUUGGCAAGUCGCCUUGUGGAACGCCUCUCGUUUCUGAACUUGCUUUCGUUUUGAACUGUGCUUGGUAUUGCCUGAAAUUGCUAGGUCUCUGUGCUGUGGCCACCGCUGUGAUUCUGUUUUUUUGAGGAGGUGCCAUAUUUAUUUGUAUUCCCUUCGCUCUGUUUGCACGCCCAUUGUGAGCCAACUUGCUGUGCACGUCUCAGAUGUCGGUUGGUACGUCCUCUGCUGUUCUCCAGGUUGGCCUCACCUAUUUGAAACAAUCCUUGAGAGCAAACGCAGAAAAAUCCGAGUGUAAACAACCGCUGCAGAACAUAGCUAGCUCCUUAAUAAAAGAAAUGAAUCUUUUUCUAGAGCUAGUGUCUUUGAGCGCCGUCAAUAACCCUUUUCCUGAGUCAGGAACAAUUGUCUGGGCUCACGUGAAGGCAACAUCCUGCUAAAGCGUCUAUUUGAUUUUUUAAAACGGGGGGGGGGUAUGUGCACCCUUGCUGUAAAAAUAAAUAAAUCAGUGCAAGGAGGGGGGCCUCUCUUUCAUUCUAGAGAGGGCUGGCUAGGCUAUCCCAGCUUCAUCUUGCUCUAAAUAACCUUGAUAAGAUACUUGGAAAGCUUUGAACUUCGCAAAGGACUGGAGUCAUAGGUCCAGUGGGGAACAACCCGGAGUCCAGGUUACACCACGGCUUAUUCCACUGAGCUGGCGUGAUGCUGGGGUUUGGGAUCUGUUAUUAACAAGAUACCCAUUUUCUAUUUGAGGCUGCUCCUACAGCUGCCAUUUUAUGAGGGAAGAGGAGGGGGAAGAGCGGCGGGAGGGAAGAGGAGAAAUUCAAGUAAACUAACAUUCCUCCCCCCAAGAGGGAAAGCACUUUCAUCAGGUAGGCAUUGAAGAAUUCUCUUCUUUUUCUAGAUGCCUGUAUAUUUUUAAAGAGGUACAUUUUAAUUUCCAGAGUGGCUUUUAUUGCACAGGUAAGAAACUGGAUUCCUAUAGUUUUAGGCCUGUAUCACCCCCUCAGGCGUUGGUGAGCUGUUUGCCUGCUGUUUCAAGGACCACGGAGAUGUUGGCACUGGUUCGGCAAGAGGCGAAGCACCACCUGGCUUUCUAUCCAGGGAAGAGGCCGUGGCUGUGGCAUUCGCUGACCUGAGCCAGGAAAGACAAUUUUAAAUCAAGGGUGGUGCACGAGAGGAGACAGCUGCAAACGUGCAUGCUGCAUUUGGAAACAUUUUGCUCUGUGUGUUGCCUGAGACUCUGCUGUUGACUGGUUUAGAGCAAGUAUACCAAGUGCCUGAAAGCAUGGCUAGGGAACAGCCUGGCUGGGGAGAGGGUGGGAGUAAGCUGGCUAGAGACUGGUGCUGGCUGAGCUCCAGCUGCCCUCCAUUUCAGAGACUCCUCUAUUAGCAAAAUUCGCUCUCUCCUACACAACAAUGCUCCCCCAAAAUCAUUUUUAGAGCCAUUGAUAUGGGCAAGACUUUCUGUAUGGUGUGGGACCUGGUGCAUGGAUAUAUGUGGAAAUCAGUGAAGGAAGGGAGGUAAAAAUGUUCUUAUUUCCUCUCCAUUUUGUGCUACUCUGAAAGUGUUGUACCUUCUGGCCCCAUCGGCCCCCUAACCCAUGGUAAACUCAUAGCUCAUGUACAGAAAAAGGCUGUUGUAAUAAUUAGUACAUUUGAGAGUAUUUGUACAUUUACAAAUUUGGUAUUUUUGGUAUAUAUUUGGUGUAUUUGUACAUAUAUGUAGAUUAGUCGUGUAGAAAGUGUUGGUAAUGAAUGUAGGUAUAUAUGCUUCCUUUUGUAGCUAGGAAAAGCAU